AUGUCGAGCAUCGAAAAACAAAUCAACGAUGAACGCCGCGUCGCACAUCUGCUGUGUGCAGCAAUCGAUUCGCAACUGGAACUCGAGAAAGCCACGGAAAAAUUGAUUAAAAAUGUGUAUAAAGAUUUGAAAAGAAUGGAAGCUGCUGGUUGCUCAAGUGAAGAUUGGAUCACAAUGUUUGACACGGCACAGCAAUUAGUUGAUACUUUGGGAAUGUUGACUGUUGAUGAGAGGCGCAUAUCCAUGAUUGAGAAGAGAAAGGUGAUUGUCGAAGCCGAGAAAGAAUUCAUGAAUGGAAGACAGCCGGAGGAAGAUAUUGAAGAGUACCUCGAAGUAUUAUUGAAGGAGAUACAUCCCAAUUUGGAUCAGAUUAGGGCUGCGGCUAGAUUAGAGGAAGAGGAACUACACGAUUUGUUUGGGUUGUCAAAGCAAACCGCCAAACCUCAUAAGCUUACGUUUGAUGGAAAAAUGAAAAAGACAACUGUUGAUGAAGGGGAAGAUAUGGUAAAGAGAAAAAAUAAGAAGAAUAAGAAGAGGGGCAAGAGAGGGUAUGAGAGAAAGGCAGGAGCCUAUGGUCUCUCGACGAACAAUUGA